AUGAGCACAACUCAACGAAAGCGCCGUGGAGGAGCAGCUAAUUCUAGGCGAGCUCGGAAGCGAAACCGCUUGAUGGCUUCCACUGCAGAAAUGGCUUCAGAAGCAGAGCCAAUAGAACUUGAAGAAAGUGCCGGUGAAGAAGUAGUAGAUCUCACACGUGAACCUUCUGAUCCUGUAGUCGUUGAUCUAACUCACAAUGAUUCUGUUGUGAUUGUUGAAGAGAAUCAACGACAAAGGAGAAAUCUCAGACUCAGAGGCCAGCGACAGUUGGAUAUCUGUAUACUGAUCAGCGAUGAUGACGAUGAACCAGGAGAUAAUGAUGUGUAUGUGACAGAUAAAGCGUCUUUCUAAAGGCUAAUUUCUGAUAUAGAGUAAAACCUGAUUUUUUCCAAGCCGUCUGGUACCGUUAGCUGUCCGAUUUGCAUGGAUGGCUACUCAGAGAUUGUGCAAAGCGGACGCCUGAUUGUGUCGACCAAAUGCGGCCAUGUCUUCUGCAGUCAGUGCCUCCGUGAUUCCCUUAGGAAUGCCAACUCUUGCCCAACCUGCAGGAAGAAACUCACUCACAGACAGUAUCAUCCCAUUUAUAUAUGAGUACUUCUAUUUCUCAGGACAGACUCAACUGGAUGGUUUGGGCAAUGUCGUGUUUUCAGUGCUCUGAAGAUUUAAAGAGCAGCAGGUUGUGCACACAUCCAAAUAAAACUGAUUUUUUUGGAGAAUAACUUGUACGUAUAUAGACAGCUUUUUUAUGGUCCAAGCUGCUUCUUGUCAUGUCCCUGGUUGUAAUGUUAAGUUUAUGACUGUCUCUAAAGUAGACCAGCAGCCUAUAUCAGAAAGGAAGCAGCUAAUCCAUUUCCUUCUA